AUGCAAAUCAUUAGCUUAUACCUACUUCUCGGAGUCUAUUUUGUAUCUCUUCCAAAAGUCACGGAUUACUACGACCGUCUAGCCCGACCGAAGCUUCGCAAAGCGCUAGAAUCUGUGCGAAAUCUCUUGCUUCGUGAGAAAACUACCAAAGUUCCGCAGUUUUCCAAAGAUUUCGGAGCCAACUGGCAAUGGGAUAGCGAAUGGGACCUUGAUGAGAUGAUGAGUGGGCCUAUCGGAAGAAGCGCAAGCAAGCCGAACAUCAACGAGGAGGAGGACUGGAACAUCGCCGCGGACGAUGGCUGGAGUGCAGAAAUGGCAUCUCCAUCGUCGUCUGUAACCACGACGACCAGAGGCAACUUGUCUCUGCCCAUCGCAUCGCGCAGAGCGUCUCACGACAAGAUGCCCCCGUUCAAGCUGGCCGCAGGAUCGAAUGAUUCUGUUGGCAUGGUUCGCUUGCGCCAGUUGCGAAGGCGCAGCAAUAGGCGACCGACAACCCUCCUGCAACUCAAUGAUGGCAUCAGCCCCGAUGCAUCAAAUGCCCACUUGAGCGUUUACACCAACGGCGCCUCGGGCAGAAUUGUGCGAGAUCGACCAGCCUCGUUGGUAUCGGAGCGCUCAGGCAAACUGCGCCCCCGAACGGUACGUCUGUCGGACCGACAUCUUGACGGCGGUACAGAAGAUUUGCCAUUCAUCUCUCCACGACCCAUCUCGGGCAUGCCGAUUCCCUACUACGACAGCUCCACGCUCCCUCCGGAUGCAAUGGAGGCAUUUCCGAGGGUUGUGGAUGACAUAUUGGUUCUAGAAGGGAUAGGGAAGAGAACCAUAAUCAUUUGUUAUGAUGUCAUGUGUAUUGUUUUCUUUUUGCUGAAGACUGCAUUUUGCAUCGGUCUCACCUACCUGGUUGCACUCACAGCACAGCGUUAUGUAAUCUGGCUGUAUGCAUUUAUUUACCAAUUCAUUCAAGGUCGUCUUGUACCAUCUCAAGGCUCAAGCAAAAAAGAGCAGGAAACUUGCGUCAGGAUGACAUACAAAAGUUUUUUUUCCCCAAUGUCACCUUGA